AUGAGUCUCAACUGCCUUACCUGCAGCCCGCUUCUUCCAAGAACAGACUCAUUUGAGGAGUUAUUUCCAGAAAAGGAAUACAAGGAACACAAGGAAUACAAGGAAUACAAGGAACACAAGGAAAUCAAGGAAACAUGGAAUCAAGUUGAUAGAAGCUGGUCAAACAACAAGUUACCAUCAGCACUAAAACGUGAGCUGCCAAAAGUUGGUGCUGUGGGCAAGCUUAAGGGUGAUCAUCGCCGCAAUUAUAGUACAGGAGAUGUUCCUUAUCCUGGAGCCUCAGAACCAAAGCUCAUGAGGAGCAGUGGAAUGAGAAGAAACUGGAGUCUUGAAGAUCUGACUGAAAAACAAGAGCGGAGAGUGAGGUUCCGCUGACAUUGUUCACAUCAUUGUUCUAUGUUUCCUUUCCUUUGCUGCGUUACAUUUGCCACUUUUCUGCCUUUUCUAUACUUUCUUUGUGUGGGAUAAUGUAAAGAUUGGACAAAGGGGCCAGAGUGGCUGUACAUUAUUAAAGGAUGCUUUUCCAAAACCAUUGUACAAGUUAUGAGCCUUUUC